AUGGCAUAUAAUUUAAAUCAACGUCCUGAUAUCAAAGUAGGUCUCAGGUUGAAUGAUGAUUAUGCAAAUACCUUAUUACCACGAAUAAAAGAGUUAUUGCGUCAUAAAAACCAAGGAUUUCCCGGAUCUCGACCUGUUGAGUUCGAAUCAAGACAUAUUGAAUUGCUAGAAAAAGAAGAUUAUUUUGUAAGAGAUAAAACUGACGGGAAACGAUAUAUCUUGUUUUUCACGGCCGUCGAUGGUGGCACAGCAUUCAUGAUGGACGAAUCAUGUAAAUUUCGAAUAUUAACUGGAUUCAAGUUACCAUUACGUUCUAAUCAUAGUUUUAUCCAUAACGAAACAAUGAUGGAUGGUGAGAUGGUCAUGGACACGGAAAAUAAAAAAGACCAUAUAGCAAACGAAUGGGAGAUGGAAAUAAAAUCAAUGGAACUAUCAUAUGGACUGAUAAAUGUUUUAAAUGGAAAUGAAAAUGAUGAGUUAACAUUCAUACCGGUAAAUCAUCCAUAUGAACCUGGAGUAUCAAACCUUAAUUUAUUAAUUAACGGAUCUGCUCAAUUUGUGUCGAUCACUAGCCUAUUAUGGAAACAAAUCACGCAGUACACGGUCGAUUUCAUGAUUAAAGUACUAUAUUUCAAAGAAGAUAAGAAACCUAUAUAUCAUUUGUUGACAUUUGAUGAUAGGAAUCAUAAGUUUUAUGAUCAAUUAACAUUAACUCCAGAAUCAAAUAUUGCUAUUCAAUGGCAAGGUAAUCCCCCGGACGGUAAAAUUGCCACAUUCUGGUAUGACAAACAUGAAGGAGUCCCACCGUACUCACGUGAUGGUGGAUGGAGGUUUUUAAGAUUUGCGCAUGAAAAACAUGUAGCUGAUCAUGAAAGUAUAGUGGAACAUGUCCGGAAAAGAAUACAAAACGCUGUAUCGCGAGACAUGUUAGAAAAACGAACAUCUAUUAUAAGAGAGAAUUGGAAACGAAGGCAAUCUAUACAACUUGAUGCUCAACCAUUGACAUCACCAACACUUCAAGUACAAGCACAGUCAAUAAAUCAUGUAGAAUUAGAAAAACGAUUAGUUGAUAUUCAGGAUCCUUCUAAGAAUAUAGGAAAAGCACUAGAGGAAAUUAGUGAAGUAACUAUAAAAUCGGAACCUUCUCCUAUAACAUCACCGAUACUUGUUCAUUCGAAGGGUCUUGAAUUAAUGAGAAGAAACGAUAUAAUAAAUCAUGAAUCUAAAAUAUUAGAUCAAAGUGAUGAAGAAUCAUCAAAUGAUGAUUCUGAUAUUAAGUCAAAUGAUAAAGAAAACGAAAGCGAUCAGGUGUUAUCUGAUGACGAUAUAGAACAGACGUCAUCUGAUAACGAUUUAAGUUCGAAAGAACAAUUUCGGAUGACAACUUCAAAAACUUUUUCAACAAUAACAGUGGAUUGUGAAUCAAUUGAAUCAAAUGGUGUUAUGAGUGAACAAAUUUAUAGUCAUCAAGAAAAAUCUUCUAGUGAAGAUGCGAAUCCUUGGGACCAACCAGAAUCGCAUGAAAGCACAAUGUUAAAUAGCUAUCAAGAAUAUCCAGUAACUACUGAUAAAGAUGAGGAUGGGGAGGAGAAACAUGAAAGAUUUACUACGAGCAAUCUUAAUAACUCAAAUCUUCCACAAGUGCUUAGACCUAUACCUAGACGGCAUACGUUAUCUGGUAUAAAUAAUCCUUCAUAUCAACAGAAUGUUCCUAAUACAUAUACACGUCAAAGGCAGUUGUCUGUAACAGGUUUCUCUUAUCCACCACCAAGACCAGAAUCAAUCAUUUCUUCCGCAUCACCAUCUAUACAUGACUUGCCUUUACAAUCUCCGAUAUCAACCAUUCCACAGAGAUUUUCGCAAAUCCCCGAAGUAUAUGGUAAUAAUACAAGGUUUAUCAAUUUUACACACAAUGCACCAUUACAAUCAUUUAAUCACCAACAUCGAUCACUUCAAGUUAUUCAACAAAUACCACAACAAUCACCUGUCUUAAGACCCACACCUCAAAAACUUAGAUAA